GGUAAGUAUUCCCGCCUGUCACGCGGGUGACCCGGGUUCGAUCCCCGGCAACGGCGUAAAUUUUUUUUCCCCCCCACAUUCUGUUUCCGCCUUUCUUUUGCAUAGCAAAUUCUUUCCGUUUCUUCUGCUAAAGAGGCUUCUAGGGAGGCAUUCUAUUUUAAGUACGAGAACAUUUCCUAACUUCAAAGCCACUCAACCGAAAAAAGCUAAGCACAGAUCAGGCAUGAGAAAACGGAGAAAAGAAAAGAAAAAAAAAAAAUGCUCUUCUAAUAAUCAAAAUUGCUGCUGAUUCACAAUUUCUUUUCGAUCACAAAAAAAUUGAAUGGGCCACCGUAAUUCUUCGUCAAGGGAGAAAAUUCUUUCCAUCACAAGCAUCCACAUAUUGGCCUUGGAUGGGAUAGUGAAUGUGAAUUCCUUAUUCACCGUUGGAGUUUUCAUUGGCUUCACUUGGAAUUUAGGAGAUCCCAGUGACAGUUUAGUUGAAUCCAUCCAUUGUGCUGCUGGCUCAGGCAUGGUUGAGGAAAUGGUGAAAUUUCAUGUCUACUCUUUCAGCUCUUUCCUCUUUUCUAGCCUCAUUGCUUUGGGCCUUAAACAGGGUAUCAGGAUUACUUCUUCAAAGGAAGAUGAAGGAGAUGAGGAUCAUCUUGGGGUUGUUCAAAUGCGCGAUUUUGUUGUUCGUGUGAAUCUGAAAGUCCUGCAAUCUGGGAUUUUGGCCUCUGCGCUGGGUUCGAUUUUCGGGUGUGUUUUCUUGACGUUGGCCCUUAUGGAUUUUGUUCAAAUCAAACUGGGAAAAUUAGGUUGUGGGAGUUGGCAUUCUGCUGCUGCGGUUGUUCCUCUGCUGCUUUUGGUGCCUUCUGGUCUUGUCAUUUACAUUUAUGUUGUCUUACAUGCCUUCACUAGGUAGCAAAAACAUACAGGGUUAUUUGAUUGUUGGCCUUGUCAAUUCGAUCCUGGUUUUAGUACAAUUUUAAUUUUAAUACAAAUUUUUGCA